GUUCUUAUUAUAGGAUCUGGUCCUUGUGGUCUGCGAACAGCUAUUGAGUGUGCUCUUCUAGGAGCCAAGACUGUAAUUGUUGAGAAAAGAGAUAGGUUUUCUCGUAACAACGUCCUGCACCUCUGGCCCUACCUUAUCACUGACCUCAGAAAUCUUGGUGCAAAAAAAUUCUUUGGAAAGUUCUGUGCUGGUGCUAUAGAUCAUAUAAGUAUUCGGCAGUUACAGUGCAUCUUGUUAAAGGUUGCCCUGCUCCUGGGUGUGGAGGUUCAUGUAAACGUGACAUUUGAGGGACUCAUUGAACCCCCAGAAGAUCAAAGUUCAGGUGUUGGAUGGAAGUGCAAAGUCACCCCAGACAACCAUGCACUCUCUGAAUAUGAGUUUGAUGUUUUGAUCGGGGCUGAUGGCAAAAGAAACACACUUCCUGGUUUCAGGCGCAAGGAAUUUCGAGGAAAACUGGCCAUUGCAGUCACAGCAAAUUUCAUCAACCGAAACAGUCAGGCUGAAGCACGAGUGCAGGAGAUCAGUGGGGUGGCUUUCAUUUUCAAUCAGAAGUUUUUCAUGGACCUGAAGGAAAGCACCAGGAUUGAUCUAGAGAACAUUGUAUACUACAAGGAUGACACCCACUACUUUGUCAUGACUGCCAAGAAAGCCAGUUUGCUGGAGAAAGGAGUCUUGAAAGAGGAUUACUCAGACACAUUAGCACUGCUGGACAGAGCCAAUGUGGACCAGGAAAGACUGAUGGCCUUCGCCAGAGAGGCAGCUAACUUCUCCACCAAUUAUCAGCUUCCAUCACUGGAGUAUGCUGUCAACCAUUAUGGGCAAGCAGAUGUGGCCAUGUUUGAUUUCACCUCCAUGUUUGCAGCUGAAAAUGCUUCCAGGUUUCUCUUGAAGAAUGGUCAUCACCUUCUUAUGGGUCUUGUCGGAGAUAGUUUGUUAGAGCCAUUUUGGCCCACUGGGUCUGGCUGUGCACGUGGCUUCCUAAGUGCCUUUGAUGCUGCCUGGAUGAUCCGUAACUGGGCAAUGGGAAAGUCUCCACUGCAGGUGCUGGCUGAAAGGGAAAGCAUCUACACAGUCUUGUCCCAGACCACACCAAAUUAUCUCAAUAAAAACCAUAAUCUAUUCAGCUUAGACCCAAACACGAGAUACCCAAACUUGAAUCAGAAGAUGGUCAAGCCAAGCCAAGUGAGGCAUCUCUAUGAGGGUGGUGUCUUUGACACCAAGGAGCUGGAGGAGGAGGAUCUUGCUGUCACUGUGCCAGCCAAGAGACCAAGAACUGAUGUGAGCAGCAUAGACAGCUACAGCCUUUUGCGGUGGUGCCAGAGAGUCCUCAACACCGGCAAGUACCGGGAUGUUCAUGUGGUGGAUUUCACAAGUUCCUGGCGCAGUGGUCUUGCCUUGUGUGCUCUUAUUCACUCAUUCAGACCUGAACUCAUCAACAACACAAUGUUGAUGGAAUGUGAUGUUUCAGCAAACAACCAGAUGGCAUUCAAUAUUGCAGAGAAGGAGCUGGGUAUUCCCCCAGUGUUGACUGGAGAGGACAUGGCCAAAUAUGAUGUCCCUGACAAGCUGACCAUGGUCUCCUACUUGGCUCAGUUUUAUGAGCUGUUCAAGCUUCAGCCAUUACCUACUUCUAUGCCUCUCCCAGUCAAGGCUAAGCGCAAGAGCACAGCAAAAGAUGCCAACCAGCCAAAGUCACCACAUUCUCCAAGAAAACAUGUGCCAUUGUUUCAGAAGCUCUCUGCUAAGCUUGGAAAGUCAAAAAAGAGAAAAGAGGAGGAUGAGAAUGAAAGAAGUAUUUUGGGCUCAAAAAAAUUAAAAGAGAGAGAACAGAAAUCAGAAGUGGAACUUGUUGGCUACAGUAAGUUGCCAAUGGGUGAGAUAGCCAAUAGACUGCAGCUGGAUCGCAAAACUGAUAUCAAGGUGAACAAGAUGGAAGAACGCUCUGGCGCAGUCAGUGUCACGGCCAUGGCUGAUCUGUUAGUUGCCAAGUUCAAAGGCAAUGAGAGCAGGCCUCCUCCCGAGCCUAUAAAGAAAUUGCGAGGUCAACCAUCAUUACUUGCAGCAUCUUCUGCCAGUGAGUUCUGCUCUUUCUGCCACAAGAGAGUGUAUAUAAUGGAACGUAUGAGUGCAGAGGGAGAGUUCUUUCAUCGCAGCUGUCUAAGAUGUGAUCACUGUGGUGUGGGCCUGCGGCUGACUAAUUAUUCUUGUGAUAGAGAUACAAAACCAGUGAAGUUCUUUUGCUAUAGGCAUGCUAUACCUGAGCUGAGGACACGUCCACAGAGAAAACGGGUUUUGGAUGAAGUAAAUAUGAGCGAAAAUGUUCCAGAUGUCGUUAUCACUCCCGCACCAGACAUAGAUACGGGUCAGACACCAAAAGAGAGGACACUAAAGAAAAUUCCAGCAUCACACCUGACACCUCUGCUUCUGCCCAAAGAUACAUCAGAAAGGGCAGAGAAUACCCCAGAACGUAUCGAGUUUGAGAUCUCAUUUGAUGGACAGGAGGAGGAGUCGGAGGAGGAGCAGUUUGAGCAUAAUUUACGUGCCUCACUGUCAUCUGACACUCUCCUGGAUGAUGAGGAUUCUGAUUCGGAGCUGUCAGAUUUUGACGCCGAUGAAUUUGAUUACCUUUCUGAGUCAGAAAUGGCUCGAAUUUUGGAUAACUGGUCAGAUGCAGAAGAUGAAGUGUGGGAAAAUGCUGUGGAAUCAUUCAAGUCACCACACACACCUCUGACUUUAGAGGAGGCCUGUGAGUUACGAGGCAACUGGAGAAGGCACCAUUCCCUGGAAGACUUGGUGGGUGACCAGGAGGAAGACAGAACUCCUUCUAGAGGACCAGAGUACAGCAGGCUGUUUGGAGAAAACUGUGAAGAUGAGGGAUCUUCAACGGAAGUGGAUGAUGGUAUGUGUUCAGAAUAUGAAACGGAUGUGUCAUCUGAGGAAGACGAUAGCAGUGAUGAAGACAAGACCGAACCAGUCCCAGGGGUGUCAGCUGAUGAGCAAACAGAGAAGUCCUUGAAGUCUCCCAUUAGCCCAGUGUCCCGACUGUCUGCGAGCAAAGCCAGUUUCUUCUCAGAGCCUCCAAAAGUUGUCAGUUUGGAUCCCUGGAGUAUGUUUGGGAUGGUUAAUAAGACAGCUGAGGCAGACACGGCAAGCAGCAAAAGUGUGGACAAAGUCAAGCAUGCAGGCAAGAAAUCCUCAACCUCCAGUAGAAAGAAAUCCUCCUGUUCAGAAAGCAAGUCUAUGUCUGAAAGAAGGAAAUCCACUGAGAGUAAGAAAGAUGUGUCUUCUAAAGACACAGAUGUUUCAGAAAGUCUGGAAUUUGACAUCAAGGCUGCUGAUGUUGGUGAGAACAGAGAUGAGACUGUGUCCCCCACUGGAUCACUGGAUGAGCUGAAAGAAGAUUUCCACUUGGAACAUAUGGAUGAAGAGCAGCUUGGCCUAGAUGUUAAAGGUUCUGAAAGUGUUGAGGAACUAGAGGCAGGCAGAAUGCAACCUUCCAUUCAGAUUGAGUCAGAAAGUGUAGGAGUUACUGAACCAAAUGCAAGAGCCAGUGGAAGUGGUGAGUUGGUUGGCGUAGAUGUUGACACAGAUGAGUUGUUGGAGAAAGCUGCUUUGAGUCAGGCUAUGGAAGAGCUGCUGCAGAGUGAUCAGAGAAGCUCAUCAAUAGACUCAUCUGAUGAACUUGGCACUGAAUCUUCUGAAUCAGAAGAUAAAGAAGAGAUGUUCCUCGAAGGACAUUUAGAUCCAGCUACUGAGGGGAGAGCAAAGCGCUAUGUAAAACAUGUUAGUCACGCCAAGAUAUCUCACUCUUCAGACAGUGAUAGUGACGCUGGAGGGAUUGAAACAACAACUCCAGGCAGUUCUCAACCUCAUGUCAAAUCUGAAAAUCUCUCUGCUCAUGUGGGAGUUCAUCUGAAUUCUAACCAAGAUGUUGAGGCUGUAGCUGACGACCAGAAUUUUGUGAAGACAGGAGAUAGCAAGGUAGAGACUGAGCAGGACGAUGUGUCCCUGCAGAAAGCUCUGGAGAGUGUUGCAGCCAUGCAGGAUCUCUCUGAUAAUUCUGACAUUGAUGAUCUAGUCUUCAGUAUUCUUGAUGAUAGAUUUGUCACUGACAGAAACAUCGGGUCUAGAAAGCAGGCAAAGGCAGCUGAAAGAACAUCGGCUAUAACGGUGUCUGAUUUAAAUGAAUAUGAAAAUAUACAAAUGAACAAGAAUAGGCCCAUCUCAGUUCCCAGUGAUUCUGAGUCUUCACUGAGCUCUGCAGAGGAAGAUCAGCCUAAGGGUCAGGUUCUUGAGGUUGAACCUGGGGAUGACGAUAUUAAGCCUGAUCAGCUGAUGCUGGAUGACUACACCACAACCUUAAGUCUGGCUCUUGGGGAGUCUUAUUCCGAUGAAGGGGAAGAGAAAUUUGAUGAAGAGAACAAAUCUUCAAUUUUAAGCAGAGAAGAAAUGAAGCCAGGGGAUGACGACAUUAAACCUGAUCAGCUGGUGCUGGAUGACUACACGACAACUGUGAGUCUGGCUCUUGGGGAGUCUUAUUCUGAUGAACUGGAAGACAAAUUAGAUGAGAAAAUAUCUCCAGUUUUAAAUCAGCAGGACAGUGAGAACACAGUUGAAGAGGCUUUGCCAGAAGGGAAUGUUGAAUGUAGUAGCAAUAGAGAUGAACCAAAUGGUAUAAAUGAUGACUUUGAGGCUGCUGUUGAUAAUAGUAGUUUGUAUAUUACACCUGAUGCCAGCUUAGAGAGGCAGGCCACAGCUACUGCUGAUAGUUCUAUUCCGGACACAGUUGCUGAUGAUAGUUCUAUCCUAGACACAGCUGUUGCUGAUAGUUCUAUCCUAGACUCAGUUGUUGGUGAUAAUUCUAUCAUAGACUUAGUUGCUGCUGAUAGUUCUUUUCCAGGCUCCAUUGCUACUAAUAGUUCAGUCCCAAGCAAAAUUGAUGCUGUUAAUUCUAUUCCAGGCACAGUUACUGCUGAUAGCUCUAUUCCAGGCUCAGUUGCUCCUGAUAGUUCUAUCCUUGACUCAGUUGCUGCUGAUAGUUCAGUCCCAGGCACAGUUGAUGCUGUUAGUUCUAUUCCAGGCUCGGUUGCUGCUGAUAGUUCUAUGCCAGGUUCAGUUUCAGUUACUGCUGAUAGUUCUGUUCCAGGCUCAGUUUCUGUCACACAAAAGAUACCCUUGCCAAGACCUCUACCUCCUGUUCCUCAGCCUCGGAAAUCUAAAAACCAUAAAGAAAAGAAAUCAAGUAAAAUCAAGGUAAUCUCUGGUGACCUCACUCCGCCUAGGAUUGCUGACAGUGAAUCAUCUGGGAGUGACUUCUUCCUUACUCCUGUAGAAAACACUUUAGUGUCACCUCUUUCUGAAGUCAGGAAAGUGUCAUCACCAUCUGAUAAUUCAUUAUCCUGUAUGGAUACAUCUAAGAAUAUCAUAUCAUCUUCUGCUAUUCAACACUCAAAUUCAACAGCAAACUCAGAGACAGCUAAAAGUAGGCGCAAAAUGCCGGCAUUACCUAAACUUAAUAUACCCACAAAACAACCACUUGAAAUCUCCCACCAAAUAGACACAACUGAAGAUCAGCCUAUUAUGUGUUCAUCUCCAAAACUUGGGAAACAGUUGAAUCCAAGGACAGUGUCAUCACAGUUUAGUCAGCAGAGUUCCUCUCCUAUCAGUCCUAGCAAAGCACAGGCAGCUUUCACAGUCAACACAAAAUUGUCAUCCAUUAGUGCUAAGGGCAGUGGAGCUGUUACACAAGUUUUAACUCCGACCUUUAACCCACCAAAGAUGAAGGUGCCUAUAGACAAAGGUAAACUGAAACUAGGCUCCUCGUCUGAUCACCUGGAGUCUGAUCAUGAGGCAGAUGUCAAGAAGAGGAUAUCAGCAGAGGGCAUUGUCAUACAACACAUGUUUGAUGAGGAUAUCCCUUUUGCUGAUGAGAGCGAGGCUGAGGAUAAAUUUUUUACACCCUGUGCGCCUGAGAAGAAAGUAAGGCCAACAUUUACAACAUCGCAGUCAUCUGAUUCAAACAGGAUUUCUAGUCACUCUGCAGUUCAUAAUGAUGAAACAGAUGCUACUGCACUGGGUGUAAAUAAAGCUGCAGAGAGAGUAAUAUCAAAGACUGGAAAGCCAAAGGCUCACAACAGUUCUGCACCAGUGCCAGCAAAACGUGCACCUGAAAGGUCUGUGGCUGAACAUGGUAAGCACAGCAUAUCUUAUGACACAAACAGUUUUAGUGAUGUCCUUUCAGAAAGUGAUGACAACAGAAUUCAGACUGCUGCAUCCAGUGCUACAGAAUGUGACCAGAAGUCUACGUCUGGUAAAAGUAAAGACAAGAAAGUGAAGGUAAAUUCACAGACAGCUAGAAAAGAACCGAAUAAAACUAAGGAAAGAAAGGAGAAAAAGAAGAAAUCUCUCUUGCCUUUUAUUCAUCCAUCAAAAACUGCAGAGAACAGAUCAGGAGACGGUCGUAUUAGGCCACAUUCCCACGGCACAGCAAAAGGUGGUGAUGAUAAUUUGGCUGUCCACCACAGUCAUCAAAAGUUCACUGCAGCUGGUGAUAAAAAAGUCAGGGUCUCCAAAGCAGUGUUUGACUCUAAUGAAGAUGUCAGCAAAACUCCAGAAAGUAAGAGAGAGUUGGCCAUCUGUUCUGUGUUCCAUUCUGAGGCAUCAAAUCGACAGACCAAACAUCUGCAUAAUCUUAGUCCAACGAAAAGGGCUGCCCCAGUUGCUGCCAAGGCCAGUGCUGAUGAGCUGUCAGAUUCAGAUGAAAGUCACAUUUCUUUAUCAACCAUGCAGCGAAGAAGGGAAGAGGACUUGGAUGAGAGAGUGGCACGAAGAUUGCGCAAAAUUCAGCAGAAGCAACAUAAGAGAGCAGAACAAAAGCGUCUUCGUAUGGCACAAGAGAUUCAGCGGCAGCUUGAGGAGGUUGAAGUGAGGCAAAGAGAGUUAGAAGAAAGGGGAAUAGCAGUGGAAAAGGCACUAAGAGGAGAUGUGUCAGCUGAGGAUGUGGAUGAGGGCCAGCUCAUGAGUGAGUGGUUCUCUCUGGUCCAUGAAAAGAAUGCCUUAGUGAGAUAUGAAUCUGAACUGAAUGUCAGGGCUAAAGAGCUAGAAUUAGAAGAUAGACAAGCCAGACUAGAGAUGGAUUUCAGGGAAAGGUCCAAACAACCAG